AUGACGAGGAACGGACACGAAAAGAGCAAGCAACGGACCGAGGAAAAUCGUACGAAUCAUUCGUUUCGCGAUUACUCGAAAUUUGCAAAACCAAAGGUGCCGAAGAAAGAGCCAAAGAAGGAGGAGUCCGAAGGACAGGACAUCAAGAAAUUCAUGUCUCCAGUUGCCACCAAGUUUCCAAAGAAAAAAGAAAAAUUUUCCCGUUUCCUCUCGAGCACAGAAUUCAACCAUUGGAUGUUUUCAGUUUUCGGCGAAGUCUACGGGAUUCUAAUACUAUCAACUGACCUACUAUUUGUGUAA